CGAGAAGCGGGCGGGCGGGCGGCCGCAUGCUUGCAAUGAUCAUCAAUCUCGAACUACAGCCUCAAAGGUUGAAGCUUCCUUCGUCGCUCCAGCUGGCCUUAUCAUCCAUCACCUUUCUUGCGCUCUUGUGCGGAUAACUGCACCGCCGUGCUCCUCCUCGGUGCUCCAAUGUUACGAUGGGGGCAUUGCUAGCUUUCCUCUUCAUCUACGUCCUGGGUGGCUUGACGUUCAUUCCACUGCUCAUUGCUGCCAUUCUUGUGCAUGCUUACCUCACCUUUCCAAUCCUCAACAACACGACCGACCGAGACGACAGAGCCGAGUCGAUUGUACAACCUGGAGACGAUGUCGAUGCUAUCAAGCGUGCACAGCAGACGCUGGGGGAGAAACAUCAGCCACGAGAUGGCCACGAGUCCGAGGUGUUCGCGGGUUGGUUCGCGGUGAGCAGAGAAUACACAGAGAGGGGCUUGAACGGCAAACCACCCGAGAGAGUCACACCCCUAGGCUCUACGACCGUCUCUGCGCCGAGCCCCAGUGUGUACCAGAGCAUGUAUAGAAGCAUCUUCGAGAGAAAACCAUCCAAUAGCCCAAUCGAGAACAAAGGGAAUGGCAAGCCACCAAAGAGAGGUAACAAUGUCUUCUAUGUCGUUCUGAGACAUGGGCACCUUAUGCUCUUUGACGAUGACGAGCAGAUCGAAGUCCGGCAUGUGGUUAGCUUGGCCCAUCACAAGGUCGCAAUAUAUUCGGGCGGAGACGAGACACCAGAGGGAGAGCUUUUCAUCAAGCGGAAUUCGCUUUGCCUGUCGAGAAGGACGGAUGCGGGAGAAAUGGCUCCAGACGGAAAGGCAUCGAAGCCGUUCUUCCUCUUCUCCGAGAACUGCUCAGAGAAAGAAGAUUUCUAUUUUGCCCUGUUACGAAACCAGGAAAGAAAGGCGGAAGCGGCAUACAAUCCUCCAAUCCCACUACACUACGACGUGAAGGACAUUAUAACCUUGGUCCAAAAGCUACACUCGUCCGAGGAGCAUCUGCAAACGAGGUGGAUGAAUGCAGUCAUAGGCAGAAUAUUCUUGGCACUUUACAAGACAUCCGAGGUCGAGAAUUUGAUCAGAGCAAAGAUCACCAAGAAGAUCUCGAGAGUCAAAGUGCCUUCUUUCCUCUCCAAGAUCUCAUUGAGGAAUGUAGACAUGGGAGAAGCCGCUCCAGUCAUCACCAAUCCUCGUCUGAAGGACUUGACAGUGGACGGGGAGCUAGUUGUGGAAGCCGAUAUUCGAUACUCUGGAAACUUCCGACUCGAAGUUGCAACCACAGCCCGUAUAGAGCUCGGCUCACGUUUCAAGGCGAGAGAAGUUAAUCUUCUUUUGGCCGUUGUUGUGAAGAGGGUCGAAGGUCAUGUCAUGAUUCGCAUCAAGCCACCACCUUCGAAUCGGAUCUGGUUCACCUUUUCGAGUAUGCCAAAGAUUGACAUGACCAUAGAACCAAUCAUCAGUGCUCGACAGAUCACUUAUACUCUGAUCUUACGGCAGAUCGAGAAUCGCAUCAAGGAGGUUGUGGCGGAAAGUCUCGUGGUCCCAAAUUGGGAUGAUGCUCCUUUCUACAAUACGGAGCAUAAGACAUGGAGAGGGGGCACUUGGGCAGAUCAGGGUACCAUGCCAGUGCCUUUGGAACCCGAAAAUGUGGUAGCGCAGGGUGGCGGCGUCGAUGAAGUAGAGCAUCUCGAAGCAGAGAACGAAGAGGCAACCAUGGGUCUACCCCCGGUUGAGAGGAGUAUUACCGCACCCCUGAUCGAUGCAACUCCUCCACCCAGGACGGCUUAUGCUCGCAAAGUCGCUAAAUCCUCGAUCAAUCUGAUCGGCUCCCCAGGGUCAUCUACACCUAUUGUCAGCACUGAUAUCACCAAUGCGGAUGCCUUCAAAAGCUCUACACCGCCCGAGCACAGUCAUGCAAUGGCCGCCAUCUCAGCGCUGUCCCAGACUGCUUCCCCUACCUCAACUCCUGUCGGCUCGCCCUCUGUACCUUCGAGAAUGGAUAAACCAGGCAGCCAAUCCUCGAUAUCGUCGAGAGAGUCGGCGACGUCGGAAACAGAAAAGGAUACCCAGGAGGAAUUGCCUCCCCAACCGUCACUCAAUCAUUCUCUCGGACGUGACCCCAGGCGAGAGAACUCAUCAUCGUCAUCUGGGAAGUCGGUUGCUUCCGAAAACAAGCGCUUGUCUUUGGCCGCCGUCAGCAAUGCAGCUGCAACCGCCAAAAAAUGGGGUUGGAAUGCACUCCAACGGCAUGGCGAACGAAAAUCCGGUGGAACGACCGAAGAAGAAGAAGUCCCAUCACGGCCUCUUGUGAUGGGACGUGGGCAACCACUUCCCCCUCCCGGUGUGCCGCUCCCGCGGCCUUCCAAGGCAACCAAAACCGCUCCUAUCGCUGUUCCCAAGCGAAAGCCAAUACCUCCCCCUCCCCCCUCCUUUCCAUUCAAGCCCCCGGGUCCGAGUGAGGCCCCCGAUUCAACAGCUCCGUCUUCUCAGCCAGUUCCACCACCCCUGCCCAAGCGCCGAAGCCGAGAAGCCGAGAAAGUGUUGGAGGAUGCUCAAGAUGACGGUCUCCUCGUCGUGGCAGCACCUUCCGGCGACUGGGAACCUCGUACGCCGAUGAGUGAACACACACCCAGCUACCUCCCACCGUGGGUGGAUGACGGUGACGAGAACGCCGAGGAUUUUGAUCCUACCACAAGUCAGACGACGACCGCUUCCGAGCCCGAACCAGAGCCCGAACCAGAGCCAGAGCCAGAACCAGAACCACCGAAAGUCCCUCCUCGUCUCCCCAAAAGACGACCACCUCACCGGGUCAUGGUCAUGUCUACCAGUCCUGAGGAAGACAGCCACCAGUUACCUUCAGUAAGCAACGUCUGAUGAGAAAUGCCCUCGUCGCCUGCCUGCCCUCGCUUUGUCAAUGCAACAACCGAGCAACAGCUAACGAGGAUUACUCACUAGUGGAUGGCUGCUCAAGAGGAGGAAGCACGAGCGAAGAGCGCUUUCGUCGACGAAGAUGGCGGGACAUGAUUUUAUUGAAGAGCGAGCGAGAGAGAGCAGGCGUCGGCUGCCUCCAAGCUUCUUAUUACGGAUGGUGUCUGUCACGGCGUCGAGUGACCCCAGCACUCCUCGAAAAAUCGAGAAUU